ACAGAAUUCCAAAGUUCUCCUCUAUGAACUCCCGAUUGGUGGUGAUGACGGCCUUAUUGGCAAUCAGUUUAAACAGUUGGUACUGUCAGGCGACAUCGUACAGGCCAUUUCGCGUAGACGCAAACGUGGAAAUAGCUUUGCCCUGCUGGGAGUUGCUCGAUGCCAGCCAUUUAGUGAUUUGGAUCACACCGAAAGAAGAUGUUGUAGGGCCUAACAACACGGAUUACGGGGGGAAAUACUUUAUCGACGACAGUGGCUCGCUCGUUGUGAAUAACACCGUCAAAAGUGACAACGGAGUUUAUAAAUGUAUUUCAAAGUCGCCCGAAGGACCUUACGUCACGACGAAAACCGAACUUGAAGUUCUUGAUGUUUCGUACGUUCCCGAAGUAGACGAUUGGGAAAAAAAUUUGACCAGAGGACUAAUAGCCGCGGCAUCGACGGCCGCCUUUUUCAUAGCGGCCUGUGGAUUUUCCUCCUUCAGCUGGAACGAACGUCACCCGAAACGUAGAAGCAGCAGCAGUCCUUCCAUAAGAAGGCCGUCGCAUCCAUCAUCGGCGACAUCAGCAACAUCGUCAGAUCCUUCGAGCCUGCAAGAAUUGAAAGGCUUGGAUAAUCCGGCCCUCUCGAUCGAUACCAACGAAAUCGAUUCCGGGCUGUGAGUUCCAUAAACAGUCCUUUUUCGUUCGCAGAUAUAGUUUUCUUUCUUUUUUUCCCGACGGUGUUAUGUCCCGUAUCCGGAGAACCCCUUUUUUUCUUCUGCCUCUUAGUGUUUUAUAAGGCCAUUACGCUCAGACAAUUCUUUUCUAUAUUUACCUUGAUGUGAAAUUGUUAUGUUUUUAAAAAGAGUUGUAUAUUCAAAAUAAACGUACAUGGUAGAGU